AUGUCUGACGAAUCUGCGAAUCCUUAUCCUACGGUAGAGCCCAUCGCCACUGACGUCAGUCCUAACCAAGCGAACGAGACAAAUCCCUUCACACCAUCCAAAGAUCCUACGGUUACACAUUUCCAUAGUUUUUUCUACGACACUUUCACUUGGAAAUAUCCUCGAACUACUGGCCUGCUUUUUGCGUCGUCCCUAGCUUUUUUCCUGCUUGGGCACUAUGUGAACAUUCUACGAUAUGCAUUCAAGGCUGCAUAUAUUACAUUUGCCGCUACGGCUGCGAUCGAAUAUCUUGGAAGACCAACGACAGGGACCGGUUUUAUGACCCAGGUUCGCCCAGCAAAAUACUAUACGAUCCCUCGUGAAAACCUUGAAAUGGUUUUCGCCGAGAUCCAUGAAUUUUUAAACUUCAUUGUUUUAGAAUUCCAACGAGUCAUCUUUGUCGAAAACCUGACAGUCACCAUUGCGUCAUUUGUUUUUUCAUUGAUCGGAUAUUUCCUGGUCAAAUUUAUGCCAAUCUGGAGCUUAUUGAUCCUCGCCGAUGUCCUUCUGUUUACAGUUCCCCUGCUGUAUCUCCAAAACCAAGAGCUUAUUGAUAGCCACAUUCGCCAGGCAUCCGCCGCUGCUAACGACCAGCUUCAGAACGCUCGAGGGCUGGCUGAGAAGCACACAGCUGACUACUCUGCCAAAGCAAAGGCCUAUGCCAGUGAUAUCACUGGGAAACUCGUCAGUGUCUACCAGGAUCGUCAAAAAAUUACUAAGAGCGAUACAACCAAAACCGAAUAG